GGGCGGAGCGCGAAAAUGGCGCAGUGGCGGCGGGGGCGGUCGCCACUGCCCCACCCCGCCCUGCUUGAACCCUCCCCCGCCUCGUGGAAGCCACCGGAUGAGGAUCGCCCGUUGGGAGCGGUGAAGAAAGCGAGUCUGCACAGAGCAGAUUCCAUGGGGAUGAGGAGGGGGAGGGGGAGGUGGCAGUGAGACAUGGGGGAGUGGGAGCCAGGGCCAUAUGAUGAAACCAAGAUGGCGAACGCUGCUUCCGAGUAUUGAGCGUAUCGAUUGUGCGGCGCAGGGGGAGGGCGCAGCGCCGUCGCCGGCGGGGUGGGAGGCAGGGGCGCCGCGGCGCCAACCCGCCGGCUCCGACCCUUCUCCUUGUGCCGGCGGCGGCGUGCAGUGAGGGCGAGACAGCGCGUCAUACAGUGACCAGGGUGCGCGGUGCGCGAGUCGGGCAGACGCGGCUGAGGCAAGCACGGAGUAGAGGUUGGAACGUGGACCGCGAUUCGUCGUAGCUAGUAGUGCUAUAGGGCAUCCAACAUGCUGAUUAACCUCGUGAAGGAUUCUGUGCUCCAGUGCUUUUGCCACACCUGCCGCGCCCCUCUGCCGCCCGCAGCGCAUCGCCGAUCUGCGCCUGUGAAGAAGGCGAAGACGAAACCUCGCAGCAAGCAGCCGAAGAAAGUGAAGUUUAUCACUACCGAAAUCAGAUGUCAAGAGAAGGGAAAGAGUGGAUUUGCCUAUGAAGUGAUACUGGCAGAUCCUGUCUGUGAAACUCCACCUAAACGACCUGUUUCUCCAAACAAUAAAAAUGUAUCUGCAGAAAAUAUUGAAGAGAAACUCAAAGCUGCGGAAGAAAGGAGACUGUCACUUGGGGCAAACAAAAUGGCAGCAUUGGCCUCUAAGAUGUCAAAGAUUGAGGAAGCAUCAAAAAAGAAAGAUGAACAAACAAAUCAGUUCAUUAACCAAACUAAAGAGGCCCUCGAACAGAAAAUGGAUGCCCAUGCCGAGAAAAGGGAAGCCUACCUUAAUGACUUGAAAGCUAAAUUGAAAGACCAUUUGGAGAGUGUGGAGAAGACAAGACUGACUUUGGAACAGCAGACUAGCGAAGUGCGAACUGCUGUGGAAGAGAAGCUGAAGACUGCAGCUGCUCAGCGAGAUGAAAAUAUCAAAAAGAUGUUAGAUAGACUUCGAGAACAUGAGGAUCAGGUUCACCGCGUGCGCACCGGCAUGCAAGAGAAAGUGGCUCAGCUUGAGGUGCAGAUCCAGAACAAGCUUGAAAGUGCACAGAGCAGGCGUGAACAGUUGGAGCAGGAACAGCUUGAGAAGCUGCGCAACCAUAAUGUCAAGCUUGCUGAAGUGAGGCACAUUAAUGAAGAAAAUAUGAUGAAGAUAGAAGAAAGGGUGAAAGAUAUUCAAGAGAGACUGGAAAUGGCGGAGCAAAAUCGUGAGAAGGAGAUACAAAAGAGACUUGAGAGCAUCCGUAGACACGAACGUCGUGCUGAGAUGGUGCGACAGAAUAAGGAGCGUUUGAGUAACCAAUCUGAGGAACAGCAGACUGCUUCUUCUGGCUAGUUGCUGCCAGAGUUAGCCGCUGCCCAGCCCCCUCUUCCCCCAAGCCAAAAAAGCUUCAUCUCGUUCGUUGAGCCGCUUUUUAAUGAGGAAAUUCAAUCAAGGAAACUUUACAAAUCACACCCCCUAUACAUUGUAACGUAGUCUUGUCGUUCUCUCAAUGUUUUCAGACUUGCCUUCUUUUUCUUGUAGAGUGAUUGUUGGAAGUCAAGUAGGCAGUGUAAUUCAAUACUGUAUACAGGCGGCUUCAUGUUUCAUGAUACUAAUGGAUUCUGAGAAAGACUAUAUACUUGCUUUUCUUGUUCAGAAUUGCUAUAAGCGGCACCAUGAGCGAAUACAGUCGUGGAGAAGACGGUGGAAGCAAAAUUGCUGGUCCUGCGGAUAUAAGAUUCACUGCCUUUCAACCUUCUAGAAUGUUGUGUAUCGAAACGGGGCCACUCCGAAGCAUCCAAAGAUUGAGCAAUUUUGUGAUUUGGUACUGUUUUGGUAUUGUAAAUGUUGAUAAUAUGUCCUGCUUUUGGUAUUGAAAUGUACAGUACUGCAUAUAAGGCCCCCAGUAUUCUUUUCAGAGGCCUAUGUUCGCUAAUCAUGUGUGUAAUUGAUACAGUACUUGCUGGAUUUCAAAGUGUAAGUCGAUACUGUUCUGCUUGAGGCAUUGAGAGUUUGUAACCUUCAGCCACAAAAUCUGAAAAAAAGUUGUGUGUUAUGUGAUUAAACUUACAUCUAAAGCACAAGCCAGCUUCUGUGAUGGUGUACGCAAACCAAAACUAUUUAAUCUUUAGCUAGUUCAUUGGCGGAUUUUGUCAGAGUAGCAAUGCAGCAAAAAACGCCAUGCUUUUUGUUGAAAAAGCGUACCAGUGUAGUGUUUCACAUUUGUUUUGCAUUUUUUGCCAGUUGUGGAAUGGUUAAAGCUGAUUUUAUUUUUCGAAAGAGAACACCAUCACUACCACACAUCUGCCAAAAAUUUGUAGAUGCACAGACACCACAGCUGUUUUAAGUGCCAUUAUGAUUGAGGGGAGCUUCCAUCUCUUAGCUAGAGCAGUCAAGACUUGGAUCAGUCUUCUGUUAGUGUGAAAUGGAGGAGAUAGACUGAUGGUUUCACUUUCACAUCUUUCUAACCAUUCCAUCCUCCUCACAUAACAUUAGUCACAAUUUGACCAACUCACAAAUCAUGUUACCAGUUUUCUAGUUGCCUUGAUAUCCUGUCCCUUUCCGGAUACUGAGAGGGAGAUCAUUCUUGAUGUGUCUGUUUCUUGAGUGACUUUUUAAAAGGUCUAUUUUUGCAUACUGUUUUGUAAUUUUGCCUGUUUUGAAUUAUGUUCAAGUUGUCCGUUUUUUGGUGAUUUGUGCUUAGUCUAGAGUGAUUAACAGCCUGAGCCAUAAAUAUUGUAGAUUUAGUAAACCUUAAAAUAAAAAUAAAAAAAAUGAUUGCUAUCA